AUGUCGCGUCCGGACGUCGGACAUGUGGUCGGAUGGUACAUAUGUACCAUCGCGGCGUUUGUGUUCAUGCUCGCGCGGCUGGUCGUGCGAUGGACACAAUUCCACAAGUUCUACGUGGAUGAUUUCCUGAUCGCGCUGUCGGUGGGAGGUCUUAUUGCGACGUUGGGGAUUCAGCAUUACAUGUUUGACAAUGGCAUGUCCGAAAUGCAAAAUGCAACCAAACAAGAAACAAUCAACAUGAUGAAAAUGAUCAUUCCCGGCUCCAUCCUCUACAUCACUUCCCUCUGGCUCAUCAAAGCCGCAAUGGUCAUUUUCUACAAACGUCUCGCCGACCGCACGCGCUACCAGACUAUCUACAACAUCACCCUCGGCCUCCUGGCCGCGACAUGGGCGACCAUCUUCUUCCAUAUCAUAUUCAAGUGCUACCCGCCGGAUCGGUUGUGGGAUCUUGAUCAUCCGGAAAGGACGUGUCCGGCAUAUCAGGAUAAAGUGGCUUUUUGGCUGAUGGUGCUGCUGAACAUCUUUAGUGAUGUGUUUAUCAUCUGUCUGCCGAUUUCGCAAGUCGUUAGGAUUAAGAUGCCGUUCAAGCAGAAGCUGGGCGUGCUCAGUAUUUUCCUCCUCGGUUUUUUCGUCGUUAUUUCUAGCAUAAUCCGCGCCAUCUACUCCUCCAAAAACGAACAAUUAAUCACCUGCACCGUCUCCAUGAUCGAAACUGCCAUCGCCACAAUUGCCUCCUGUCUCCCCGUUCUGCGCACCCUAUUCUUCGGCUCACGAUCGCGUUCCAACACCGGCACCGGCACCGGAAGUCGCAGCCGGAGUCGCACGUUUGAAUUAUCCUUCGGACAGUCACAAUCGACGACGCAUAAGGCUGCGACGAGCGUUUCGGCAGAGCGGCCGAGGAGUCAGUGGGAGUGGGAGUGGCAGCGGAUGCAGAGCUUGCAGGAUGAGAGUGAGGACGAGUUGGUCAAAAAUGGAAAUAAUAAUGGGAGGGUUACGCCGAGGAUGGGGAUUGCGGUUACGACGGAGUAUGAGGUUGGUCGUUAG